AUGGAAUCAAUUGAUAUCCAAAAUCGAUCGUUCGUUGUUCGUUGGUUAAAAUGUUCAGUAAAUGACGUUAUCAAUUACCAAAUUAAACCAUUGAAAAAAUCAAUUGAUGUAAGUAUCUACAAAAAGGUUACAAAUAACAAUGAGGAUAAUGAACAAGGCAAUAUAUAUAAUGAACACAUAAGUGGUAAUAUGUCGAACCCGAACAUUCAUAUCAUUAAUGAUAUAAAGGAUGCAUACAAUAAACCUAUUACUCCUACUACGAACUCCUCCCAAGUUAAAAAAGACGAUAGCAUACAUAAACCAUCAGAUAAUAAUAAUAUAAGUUCAAGAGAUCAUAGUGGGUCGACAGUCAGUGCUUUCAGUAACAAUGAUAGUAACUCAAGUUUAAACGAAUUGAAUCAAAGCAAUGCAUCAAGACCUCGUAGAUCAUUAAGUUUAAAUAACAUUACGCAUCAGUCAAAAACAUUGUCAUUAAGUGAAAAAUUAACCAAAGAAGGUUAUACGUUAGUUAAAAAUAUUGGUCAUGUUCAAGGGAAUUUUUUAGUUCAAGAUAGUAUUAAAGUGGUAACGAAAUCGACAAAUAAGGAUUUCUAUUUUAUAUUUGUAUUCAAUAAUACGCUGUCAAAAAAUAUUAAGAAGAAAAUUUUGUUUAAUAUGUCAUUACAAUCAGUUAAAAAAGAGAAAUUUGUUCCUAUUAGCUCUCCAGUCAUUCCAAUAGAUUCUCGCACCAGUUUAACGGGGAAACAAACUUUGAAUCAGGCAGGAUCAACUUUAAAUUCGGAAAUAGCCAUCACAGUUGGUCAAGGAAGAUAUCUACAAGGUUAUUUAUUAAAGAAGAGGAGAAAAAGAUUACAGGGUUUUAAAAAAAGAUUUUUUUCACUGGACUUCAAAUAUGGAACAUUGUCAUAUUAUAUGAACGAUCAUAAUCAAUCAUUCAGAGGUGAAAUUUUGGUGAACUUAUCGACAGUCAGUGCGAAUAAAAAGGAUAAACUAAUUAUAAUAGAUUCGGGUAUGGAAAUUUGGGCUUUGAAAGCCACCUCUUUGACCUCUUGGGAAGCAUGGGUCACUGCAUUCCAGUCUUGUUUUGAAAAUGAAAAGAAACAGACUGAUAUUACGAUGAGAGAUGCAUCGAAGAGAGACUCGAGAACUGAAAAGGUUUCUGAUUUGCAUGAUUAUGAAAGAUGUGAGUUCAAUACAAGAUUGAGGAACCAAAAUAUAAAACAUGAGAGAGCUCUGAAUCAAGCGUCCAUUGUACGGGAUAAUUUACUAUGGAAACAGGUAACAGAAAUAAAAGACAGGUUAGGAAAAUGCAAGAAUGAUUCAAAAUUAUACGUAAAGAUAAAAGAUAAUGAUCCUAAAAUCUCAAAUAAAGAUAAAACCAAUAAUCUAUUCCAAGACAUACAGAAAAUAGAAAGUUUAGUUAACAAGUUGGUAGAAGAUAUCCGUGACCAUGACUUAAAUUUCAAUGAGACUAUUCAAAGAAGAUCCUCUAUCGAAACAAAUAAAUCCUCAGUUUCUCUAGAUAAGUUAUCAGCAAUUUCAGCUUUUAGCGAUGACGUAUUUUUUGAUGCCGAAGAUAUUGGUAAUAGAGUUAUUAUGUUGCCUGAUGAACAAAUAGAAAUGGAUCAUGAGAUACCAAUUAAGAGUACAGAUUUAACAAAGCAUAAUUCGAAAUAUGGUGAUGAUGAAGACGAAGAUGAUGAGGAGGACGAGGACGAGGACACUGAUGUAAAUAAAUAUAACCAGGAUUCUUUAAGUGAUGAGGACUCGAUUAGGGAACACUCCGAGUUAUUCUCUUUCAAUGCUGUGGGGUCCUCACAAAAGAAAGAUAGCAUUAAUUCAGAAGAUAAUUUGUACCCUCUGCCCUUGAAAAAAAAAAUUAAUCGUCGUAAUGACAUAUCCAUAUCCUCUACCUCUCCCCCAAGUUUAUUAUCAUUUCUAAGGAAAAAUGUCGGUAAAGAUUUAAGCUCAGUGGCUAUGCCCAUUAGUGCAAAUGAACCUCAUUCUAUUUUACAAACAUUAGCAGAAUCUUUUGAAUAUGCAGACAUUCUUUCCAAUAUAUCAACAACAGAUUCUACGUUUCAACCCUUAUCUAUUGUAUCUGCAUUUGCAGUAUCAGCAUUAUCUAUUUAUAGAGAUAAAACCAGAGUGCUAAGAAAACCAUUCAAUCCAUUGUUAGGUGAAACAUUUGAGUAUAUUAGUGAUACAAAACAAUUUAGGUUAAUCUCAGAGAAAGUAUCACAUAAGCCUCAAAUAUUUGUUUUCCAUGUAGAACAUAAAGAUUGGGAAUGCAACUAUACUGUUUCUCCUGUUCAAACCUUUUGGGGUAAGUCUGUUGAGUUAAAUAAUGAAGGUAUUGUGAAGCUUGAAUUAAAAAAUUCCGGUGAAGUGUUAGAAUGGGCCCAACCUACUGCUAUGCUAAAGAACUUGCUUGCAGGUGAAAAAUAUAUUGAACCUAUAAAUGAAUUUAAAAUUCUAUCUUCAAAAGGUGGUUAUGCAAAAGUUCUUUUCCGGGGUUCUAGUAUGUUUGGAGGCAGAUCUGAAGAAUUGACUGCUACUAUUGUUCCUUCAUCGAAGGAUCCAAAUUACUCAAAAGAAACUAUUACUGGUAAGUGGACCGAAUCGUUGGUUGAUAAAAGAAGCAAUGAAUUUUUAUGGAAGGUUGAAGAACUACUUUCUGAUUCUAAGAAAAAAUAUGGCUUUACAAAGUUUGCUGCGAAUCUAAAUGAAAUUACUACUAUAGAAGAAGGAUUUUUACCUCCGACUGAUUCAAGAUUAAGACCAGACAUGAGAGCCUACGAAAAUGGUGAAUUAGAUAAGGCUGAAACUUUAAAGCUGGAAUUGGAGAAAAUACAACGUGAUAGGAGAACUGAUAGGAACGAUGUUAAACCUAAAUUCUUUAAGAAGAUAUCAGAAAAAGAAUGGGCUUUCAUUCAAGGAGAAGACAGUUAUUGGGAAAGACGUAAGCGCGGAGAUUGGAGUGGUAUUGACGCAUUGUGGUAA